ACGUUGCUGUACGUCAGGUCGGACCACACAACCAGACAGGGGGAAGAAAGAGAAGACGGAGUUACAGCCCCGCCGAUAUACCAUUCAAGCAGUCUUUAUUUAUUAUUUUUUUUAAAUAAUAGUUAUUGUGGUUUAAAUCGACAUAGCCAUCAAACGCCUGGCCCUAGUUAGUCGACACACGUUCCCCCUGCCCCUGCACACUCACAGAAAAGAAAAUGAGCGGCAGCGGGCGGCCCAGGACCAGCUCGUUUGCCGAACCGCCGGGGGCUCCGGGAGCCGCUGCAGCCGCCGCCGGAAGCGCCGUUGCGGGUGGAGGCUCUUCAGGAAAGUCCGGGGCUGCUCAGGCCUCCGGCGCUACUUCGACUGGCUUUGGAAACUUGAAGCUCAGCAGGGACAGUGGGAAGGUGACCACAGUGGUAGCCACACCUGGACAAGGUCCAGAUCGCCCCCAGGAAGUGUCCUACACGGACAUUAAAGUGAUCGGUAAUGGCUCAUUUGGAGUGGUGUAUCAGGCCCGACUCAGCGACAGCCAGGAGAUGGUGGCAAUCAAGAAGGUGCUGCAGGACAAGCGGUUUAAGAACCGAGAACUACAGAUUAUGCGCAAGCUGGACCACUGCAACAUUGUUAGGCUACGCUACUUCUUCUAUUCCAGUGGAGAGAAGAAAGAUGAAGUGUAUUUGAAUCUGGUGCUGGAUUAUGUGCCAGAGACCGUGUACAGAGUUGCACGUCACUUCAACAAGGCCAAGACCACCAUACCUAUCAUCUACGUCAAAGUGUAUAUGUAUCAGUUAUUCCGCAGUUUGGCAUAUAUCCAUUCCCAAGGCGUUUGCCACAGAGACAUCAAACCACAAAAUCUGCUAGUGGACCCCGACACUGCUGUUCUCAAGCUAUGUGACUUUGGCAGUGCGAAGCAGUUAGUUCGCGGCGAGCCCAACGUUUCGUACAUCUGCUCACGGUAUUACCGCGCACCAGAGCUCAUUUUCGGAGCCACAGAUUACACCUCUAACAUUGAUAUCUGGUCAGCCGGCUGCGUAUUGGCCGAGUUGCUGCUGGGCCAGCCCAUUUUCCCCGGUGACAGCGGAGUUGACCAGCUAGUUGAAAUCAUUAAGGUUUUGGGCACACCGACAAGAGAACAGAUCCGGGAAAUGAAUCCCAACUACACAGAGUUCAAAUUCCCUCAGAUCAAAGCGCACCCUUGGACUAAGGUGUUUAAACCCAGGACGCCUCCGGAGGCCAUCUCUCUGUGUUCCCGUCUGCUGGAAUACACGCCCGUGACUCGUCUCUCUCCGCUCGAGGCCUGCGCCCACGCGUUCUUCGAUGAACUGCGCCAGCCCAACGCUCGCCUGCCCAGCGGCCGAGAGCUGCCUUUGCUCUUCAACUUCAGCCCUGUGGAGCUGUCUAUCCAGCCACAGUUGAACUCCACUCUCAUUCCUCCUCAUGCUCGCUCGCAGACGACGCCUGUUUCCCACGAAGGCAGCGUGUCAGACAGCUCAGCCCAGUCCAGCUCUGCACCAGGAGCCCUGAGCAACAGCACCUGAGCAUUACCUCUGUCUUUCUGCACCGUUCUCCCUCACCUCCUCCUCCUGCUCCUCCUCCUGUCACCUGUCCCUCGUUCCAGCCUUUUCAAAGCUCCAGAACCCCGAAUCUGUUUCGCUCAGAUUCCCAACCCCUUCGUUACACAUUUAGCAUCUUUCAGGAGAACGUGUUUGUUUGUUUGUUUGUUUGUUUGUUUGUUUUUUGUCUGUUUUGUUGAUUUCAGGUAGACUUUGUCCUCAAGGUUUGCGACUGUGUGCUUGAAAGGUAAAGAAUGGUUUGAGGCAUUUCCCUGACCUCUAGUGGCAGGAGGAGAAAAGCAGAUUUUACUCCCCCUUCCCUCCUCCCUUCCUGUCUGCUCCAUCUCUGUGGAGGUCCAACCUUUUUUUUUUAUUAUUAUUUUUUUAUUAUGUUUUAAACGGAAAUACACCUCACAGAGCCACAACAUGCAGGUGUAUUCUUUUAUUUUAGUUUUCUCUUAAAGUGUAAUAAAUUUUAGCCCCCCCCUCCCCUUUUUCCGCACCCCCCCCUUUUUUUUUUCUUAAACGAGACCAUGUUCUUGAUAUGAGUGUUUUUAUGGAGCAGUGAGUAUAAGUGGCGGUCUUGUCUCUUUGUCCAGAAUUUUUGUUUAGGAAAAGGACGUGUGUGUGUGUGUGUUUUUGUUUGUUUGUUUGUUUUUCUUUUGGUGAACGCAAGCUCGGCCACUUUUCCUUCGCUGAUUGGUUAAAGUUGAAAGGGCUCCAUCUAGAGCUUAUCGUAAGUACCAAAACCCUGUCAGAGUUCAACGUGCUGGUGUAGGGUCAGACGUGUGUCUUUCACAUCCCCGUGAAUGUUAGUGAUAGGGAUGGAGAGGGCUGAUCCUAGAGCAGUACCGUUACUUAUGGCCCUGUACAAUUUCUGUAUGAUUUUUCUAUUCCUGCGAGGACAAGUGUGUGUGUGUGGUCCUUGAGCGUCUAGAAAUGUAAACGCACACACUUCUCCUCUUCUUUUUUUUCUUUUUUUUUUUUUUUUCUUUGUUCGUGGCCCUGGCAAUAUCCUCUGCUCUUGCAAAUCACACAGUUCUAUAGGAGUUUAGAUCAUAAUGAUUGUGUGCGCGCGUGCAUGUUUCAGUAGAGUUAGAAAAUUUAAAUAUUUAAAUGGCUGCUGAUCUGUGAUGAAUCUAUAUCAUUGUAAUUAUCAUAGAGCCCCACACACUCAUGUGCGCGCGCACACACACCCCCGGUGUCCCUCCACUCCCACCUGGAGCCGUCCAUCCGUCCCCCUCCAUCCCCACUUCUCCCUUCUCUCACUGCUGAUAUGUAAAUAUCAUGUACCUUUUACUUUUUGUUAUUAUUGUUAUUCUGUUAUUGUAACUUGAUUUUUAUUUCUAGUGGAGUAGUGCUGGUUCAAAUAGUGACCAGCUCGCUCUGUCUCCCUCUCUGUCUCUUUGUCUUUCUUUCUCCCAGUGCUCUCAUUUGUACAUAGCAUUUCAACUUGUCCCCCCUCCGCACCCCUGCCAAGGAACAGGAGGGGGGAAAUGGAACAAACCUGAGUCUCACUCUUUCUCUCUUUCUCCUUCCCCCGUCGCUCUCUCACCCUCUCUCUCCCGCAGUCCUUGUUCAUGUGCUCCCUUCCUCAUAAAUGUUAUUUCGAAUAUUUUAUUUAUUGUAUUGCAGACAGUGUUUUUUUGUUUUUCUUUGUUUGUUUGUUGUUUUUUUUUGUUUUUUUUUAAUGAUCUAACGGGGUAGAGACUUGUGUGUGUGACCUGUCAUUAGAACAACAUUCAUAUCCUAAACUUGAUAUUAUCCUGGAAUGUGUUCAAGAGUAUGAACGUAUUGUCCAGAACGUUCCGCGAGUCUCAUCGAGGUUCCUGAAUGUUCCUGAAGGUGCAGGCACACAGACGUACAUGAAAAAUAGAUAAAUGUGGACUGCUUAGCCCAUCCAGGACUCAAUGAAUGGGUUAAGUGAGGGAGAGGGAGAGAGAAACUGUGUUUUUGUUUGUUGGUAUAAAUAAGCUCAUUAAUAAAGUGAUGAAAAGUG